CGACCCGGAAGCUCAAUCCAAAUCGCGCGAUAUUCCGCCUGACGAGACUUGCGGGUUUCCUUUUCUGUCUGAUACCAGGCAAGAUGGCGGACACUGAAAUCAAGAAGAAGCGCACCUUCAGGAAGUUCACCUAUAGAGGUGUGGACCUGGACCAGCUUCUGGACAUGUCCUAUGAGCAGCUUAUGCAGUUGUACUGCGCCCGCCAGAGGAGGCGACUGAACCGUGGCCUGCGCCGCAAGCAGCAAUCCCUCCUGAAGCGUCUGCGUAAAGCAAAGAAAGAGGCUCCUCCCAUGGAGAAACCAGAGGUGGUCAAGACACAUCUGAGGGACAUGAUCAUCCUACCUGAGAUGGUCGGCUCAAUGGUUGGAGUGUACAACGGCAAGACUUUCAAUCAGGUUGAAAUCAAGCCUGAGAUGUGUGGUCACUAUUUGGGUGAGUUCUCCAUCACUUACAAACCUGUCAAGCACGGUCGCCCUGGUAUUGGAGCAACACACUCUUCUCGAUUCAUCCCUCUGAAGUAGAAUGCCUGUUUUGUUUGUAUAAAUAAAAAAAAAAAAAAUAAAGCUGGGUGUGCCACACUA